CAUUGGCAUUGACUUUUGAUCAAGUUGUCAACCGAGUUCAACCGACAGAUAGUCGUUAUUUGAAUUUUUGGCUUCGUCAAUGUCUGGGAACUGUUAUGAGAACUUAGAAAUUAGAAAAGACUAUAAAUAAAUAAAAGAGAAAUGUGAUUAAUGUUUAUAUUUUAAGUAUAAUUUGUGCGUUUUUGAAAUCAAAGUCAACGUAUUUCUAUGAAAAUGAGUACUGACAAUUCAGAUACGGGUGCAGGCAUCGCCCUCUCGUUAGUCGCCCAAUUCGACGAUAUAAAUCGCUUAAAUAGUGUUUUAAACGAUGGAGCUUCAGAAGAAUGUUUCCUGGCAUUUGUUAAGCAAAUGGAAUGGGUUCGCACUCAAUGGGCUUCGGCUGAGGCAGAGGCCGCCCGACUCCAGACUGAACUAGAUGAGGCUUUAAGAACAUUGGCAAAAUGGGAGGCUAAGUUUGCUCAUGUGCGGAAGCUUCUAGAUGGAGAGAAAAGAGAAAGAAACAUAGUCAUGAAGAAAUAUAAUGAAUUGAGCAAGCUACUGGACAUGGCUAGAGACUUGCUGUUCAAUGAUAAUAGAGCAAAAUUGAACAAUGAAACACUGCAGAAGCUCGCUUUUCUCAAUGGGACUGCACAACAAGAUCAUAAUGCAAAAUUGAGUGGAGUACCGGAGCUUAAUUCUACUGGUACAUUGUUAUCAGAAAUGUCAUAUUCUCGCUCUGAAGACGAUCUUGACUUAUCACUAGCAUCAACUCGACGUUCAUGGGUACAACGUGGUGGAUGGACUGCAAGAGAGAACCCCCCUGCUAAUAAGAAACGUCGUUCUUCCACAUCAUCUGCAACUAAGACGGUUGAGCUGCAAGGUGGUAAGGUGCUGGCCACCGCCACGACUACCUUGACGCUUGAGCGAGCUCCUACUACACACGACCUCAAGCCGCCACAAAACUUCCAACCAAUAUCAGAAAGUAGUGAUGAAGGUCCACCAGCUCGAAAGUCAGCUACUCGUCUCUCUGGUCGCAGUGUACCCAAGCAAGAGUGUAUACCUUCAGCCCCGCCGAUAAGUGAAUCCGAAAGUGCUCCAGACACCCCCCGAGCACCGCCUCAACGCACACCUUCUGUUGUCUCAGCUGCCUACGGCGGUUCCCCUCGGGUGAGACCGAGGCAGCACAACUUCGUCGCUAAGAACUUUUAUAAGAGGGAAACUUGUGGACCUUGUGGGAAAACAAUCAAGUUCGCGAAAGUCGGCGUGAAGUGCGAGCAGUGUCGCGCGCAGGCGCACCCCGAGUGUCGCUCGCUGCUGCCGCUGCCCUGCGUGCCGCCCGGGCGGGCUCACAGCGCGCAGGAGGGCAGCAUAGCAGACUUUGCGCCGUCUACACCUCCAAUGGUGCCUGCGUUGUUGGUACACUGCGUCAAUGAGGUGGAGAAGAGAGGUUUGAAUGAACGGGGCAUAUACCGCAUAAGUGCAGUGGAGAAAGAUGUUAAACGAUUGAAGGAACGCUUCCUCCGCGGUUGCGGAUCACCCCAACUGUCAACCGAGGACAUACAUAUAGUCUGCGGUUGUAUUAAGGACUUUUUAAGAUCACUCCGAGAGCCUCUCGUAUCGAGUGCUCUUUGGACCGAUUUCAUGGAUGCUGCUAAGCUUUCGGAACCUACAGAUGCUACCGCAUCAGUUGUACAAGCAGUUAGCCAACUACCCCAACCCAAUAGGGACACUUUGGCUUUCUUAGUACUACAUUUGCAAAAAGUAGCUGAGAGUCCUGAAUGUGAAAUGGGUAUAGACAACUUGGCGAAGAUCUUUGGUCCGACCGUCGUCGGCUACGGGAUGAUGACCCAAGCGGCAGAGAUGUAUACCGCAACAACACAAAUGGUCAACGUGAUGCAGCUGCUGCUGCGCCUGCCGGGCGACUACUGGGCGCAGUGGGCGUGCGCGCCCGCCUCGCCCGCCGCCAGCCGCCCGCGCGGGUUCUUCUUCUCGCCGCACGACACCGGUGUUUCGCGGAAGAAGAGAAACUACUUCCAGUGACAUUGGAAAAAUAUUUUUAUUAUUAAUAGCAUAAGUAAGUUUCAUUUCGGUUUGUUUGUGUAAAGAAGCAGUUAUGUUAACCAUUUUAUGUUAUCGUGCUCUAACUAAUAUAUUAAAGUAUAUAUAUUUAAGUUUUGCUUAUAUAUUUAUAAAAAAGUAACCUUAAGAUAUUUUUAAUAGAAAUAUAGUAACUACUUUUGAUAAAAGAAAUCUAAGAAGUACAAGUUUUUUUUUUUAAUUUAAUAUGUCUAAAACUUAAUGUAGCAACUUGUUUAUAUAAAAUUUGUUAGGAGUUAAAAAUGAACUAAAUAAUAGUUUAUAUAUUUAGAAAUACAUAUCUAACAUUAAAUGAAUAUGAGUCUCAAAGGCAAUAACAUAAUUAUCAUCGAAUAAUAAACGAGCUACAAUUUAAAAUUCAGACAAUUUUGAAAUUGCAAUAUGAAAAUUUAAUAACUUAUUUCUCGUAAAGCGUUGAGGUAAAGAUAAUCAUGUGUUUGAUACUAGUAAUUCGAGUAUAUUGUUUUACUGUGUGUCUGAAACACAGAUUGAAAUUAUUGUUAUCAUACCAAGCCUAAUAAUUAAAAUAUGAGCCUGUGACGGUACACAGUUUAAAAAAGCUCAGUAAAAUAAAUAAACCAGUGGAUAUAAUCCUUCAUUAAAUGUCUUUAAUAAUGAAAUAAUAAGUUUUUUAAUAAAAAAAAUACUCGAAAAAUUGCGUUUAGUUAACAGUAGCGAAACAUAUUCAUAAAAGUUGCCUAUAAGUUGUAUUAUUAAACUGCUCAUCAGUUACUUAAGUUUUACAGAAAAAAUGUUAUAUUAUCUCCUGUACUUACUUAAAUUAAUUUUGUUCUUGUUUAAAUUAUAGUCACGUAUUUAGUUAUUAGUAAUUUAGUUUUUAUACAUUGUCUGCUAUAGACAUAGUAAACCUUUAU